AUGGCGUCGCAUGUGAGAUGGGGUCUACAGCGGUUGCUACGGACAAGGAAAACUAUUCACUUUAGGUUUCCAGAUAAAACGAGGAGCCCAUACCACACUCAGUUCUCGACCCAGAGUUUCAAGAGAGUUGAGCCUCUGCCCAGCACAGGAACUACACACUUCCCAAUAAGGCACCUCUCCAUCCAAACUCAAGACACUCCAAACCCCAGAAGCUUGAAGUUUCUUCCCGGCAAACCUGUUCUUGGAAGCGGGACACUUGACUUUCCCUCUCCAAGCUCAGCUGAAUGUUCAUCUUUAGCCAGGGACCUGUUUGAAAUUGAGGGAGUAAAAAGUGUGUUCUUUGGCCCUGACUUCAUCACAGUCACUAAAACAGAUGAGGAUGUGGAGUGGACAGACAUUAAGCGUCAUGCUUUGGGUGCCAUUGCCAAGUUCUUUGAGAGCGGCGACCCCAUAACAAUAGGGGCAGUGCACCAUGAAAGCAGUUUGUCUGAAGAUGAUGAUGAUAUUGUGUCGAUGAUAAAGGAGCUUCUUGACAACAGAAUCAGACCCACAGUGCAGGAGGAUGGAGGUGACGUCAUCUUCAAAGGUUUUGAGGACGGCACGGUUAAGCUGAAGCUGGUUGGCUCCUGCACAGGUUGUCCCAGUUCUACAGUGACCCUGAAGAACGGCAUCCAGAAUAUGCUGCAGUUUUAUGUCCCAGAAGUAGACACAGUGGAACAGGUGGAAGAUGAAGUGGAUGAAGUUAAUGCAAAGGUUUUCUCAGAGCUGGAACGCAAAUUGCAAGACUAAAUAUUUAAUUGACCAAAACACACAUGAAUUAUGUUCUAAGCACUGUUUACUAUUCUACAAAUAUAAGAAUGAAGACAUAAAAUUAUUUCUGCUAUUAUGUGUGCAAACCAUAUAUUGUAAAAAAAACUCUGAACUUUGAUUUGUCAAAGCAGGAAAAGUGCAAUGAAUAACAUUAAUGAUGGCUGAAUCUUUUCCCAAAUUCAUGAGCUUCGUUAUGUGCCUGAUCGUUCACUGGAAUGGUGUCCUUGGACAUUUGAAUGAAACUGAGCCAUCGUUAAUGUUAUCAGUUCUAUGUGUGCUUUUCCUGCUAUGACAAGUUACCUAGAAUGGGAGAUAUACUGUCUGACCUAUAUAUAGAAAAUACUGUCACUUCUCUUAACCAGACAAGAUGAUCUGCUGUGAUAGCUGUAAGUGCUGUGUUGUAUUUAUUUCUUAUAAAUAUUAUAUAUUUUAAAUGAAUAUUUUGAUAGACUGAUGAUAUUGUGAAGGUUUUGACAUUGAAUUAUUGUCAUACAAAAUGAAGAUGGAUGUAGUCAAAUCUGAUAUUCUAGUUUUGCUGGCAUAUACUGUACGAAAUGUAACUGAAGAGUUACUGCUUGUUAAUGCAUCAUCUAUACAUGACUGCUAUCUAUCGAUAAAGUGGAAGUAGGCUUACACUUAAAACAUCCUACAUCUGUAUGCUAUAUCUACUGUAUGUGCUAUGUCGUUUGUUAUUCACAUCCACUGCAACACAUUAAAGUUCAGUUUGUAA